AUGGUCGACUUAGUUGACUACAAUCCGGACACUUCAGAGGAACAAGUCUGGGUGUACGAUGGCCGAGCAUCAUCCAUCAACGAUUAUACGAAGAAGUGGGUGGUUGACGAUGACAUCAUUGACUUCCCUGUCGUCUCCCAAAUGUUCUUCAUGACUGUCAGGUGGUCUCUUACUGGCGUGGCUUCUGGCAGAUUGGCUUUUGUUGUCAGAUCAAAGCAAGGGAAUUGGAACUAUCCACUUGGAUCCAUCAGUUUGUUCAACAACAUAUUGGAUGGCAACAGGUAUGGAAUGGUCAGCAACGUCUUCAACCAGCCUUCGGACGAGUACUUGUCCAUUUUUCAUCGUUACAACUGGGAGAAGGUGGACGUAAGGAACUGCACGUUCAGCAACAACAAGUUUGGAAGCAUCGCUGUGUACAGUAUGACCAAGUACAAUUCUCUCUACUUUCCCGCCUCGUCCGUGUUGGAGACUUCGCUGAAGAUAGCUGAGGUGUCCUACAGAAUUCAUUCCUGUAUCUUCACGAACAAUGGAGGAGGCAUAGUGGCUUCUCAUGUUGGACUUGGGUUUUCUAACAACGUCUGGAUUUGGGAGGUCUCAGAUCUGACAUUCACAAAGAAUCAAGCCGGAGGGCUUUUUAUUGAAUUUCCUCGAGUCAACUUGAUGUUCACCGACCUUUUCAACCACAGUAUCAACAUUAACGGCUCACUAUUCAGCCACAACGACGACUUCGAGUUUGUGAUCGGUGGCUUCUACUGCAACGCCAGCAUAUCAAGCAAUAAAUUCCACCACAACAAGUGCAAAAGGGGAUGCAUCGAGUUCUCUGGCACUGAGAAGGAUUUUGAAUUUCGUGAUAAUCAAGUCAGCGACAACAUGGGCCGGUACAUGCUGGAGGUCAACAUGAACAGCCACACGCCAUACACGCAGUGGGUCGAAGCCACUGUGGUGUACAACAGUUUUGAGAACAAUGAAGGUCCGCGAAUGCUCUUCGACAGGAACUUGGUAUCCGAGAUUUCAUAUGCGGUUGGUGUGAGAGGUCUUCAAAAUAUCACUAUCAACAGAAAUCUUGUCAACAAUCCUUACAUGUCUUAUGAACUGCUCGGCGGUCAGGCGGCUUCGAAGUUUGAAAACUAUUUGGACGUAACGGAGAACUGGUGGGGUUCGAUCGACCAAGUUGUUAUCCAGAAACGACUUUUUGAUUUUGACGAUUGGAACAACUUCGCUGUUGCAGAAUACAUUCCUUUCCUAAUGAACCCAACAUUUGAAGCUAAACCCUCAACGGAAAAUAAAUUGAGAAACGUUAUCGACCUGUCAAAACCCCUCGGCGGACGAAUAUCCGAAUCUAUCAAGAUACCUUUCAGGAGCCAGCCUUACGUUGUUGAACGAGAUUUGACAGUAAUGGAGGGUUACUCGAUGGUGAUUGACGAGGGAGUCACCAUGCAGUUCUAUCCGGGUGUUGGCAUUCUAGUACUUGGAUCUCUCUUUGCCUACGGAUCUUCAAAUAACAAAAUCACCUUUCAACCUGUUGACAAAUCUAAAAUCAAAAAAACACCCAGUAAAAGAUCUUUGGAAGAUGGUAAGCCGAGAUUGUACAUCCACCCAGAUUUGCAUCCCUACGUAGGUUAUGAGAUGAGGCUGAGGGGAGGGGAGAGUGAGAAUGGAGGUUUCUUGGAGAUCUACAACAACACGGAGCAGAGGUGGACGAUAGUGUGUGAUGAUGCGUUCAACGAGAAGACAGCAGAGGUCGCCUGCAAAACGAUGAAGAAGGAGCACUCAAACGUUGUCGUGCAGCGGAGUAGGUUCUAUGACAUAUUCGUCCUGGGCUAUCAACUCAUGGCCGAACAAGUCAUUGAAUGGUUUUGGAGGGAGACCAUGAUAUGCGAUGGUUCGGAGAGCAAUCUGAACGACUGCAAGCACCGUCUGAACUACGACCUGCAAAGGUGCAUGCUGCAGGGCAACUACGUCUACAUGAGAUGUGGUGAUCGCAACUUGGCAGAGAACUUCGACUACUGGGGGAACAUCAGGUUCUCGUCGACCAGCUUCGAAAGUGACUACUCGAAUGGCAUCGAUUCGAAAUUCUAUCACGCCAACAUUUACGGAGCUGGUGUCCUGCAUGAGGAAAAAGUCGCAGCUGUUCAAUCCAUUUAUAAGGCUCCAGACUCCAAACACGUGAGCAUUCAGAACUCGGCCUGGAACGGUUACGAUUUCAUAGCGCCUGACGAUCAGUUCUCAAUCUUAGACGGUGCCAUCACGAACAACAACGGCUACGCUGUGGGCACGAUCAUUCUGAAUGGUCAGUCGUCGGAAGAUGACUCGCAGUUCGUCACCCUGCAGAACAGUGAGAUGCCGCAGAACUUGCACGGUAUCGUCCGUAUGUGCACCGUCGAGAAGUUCAUCCUCAUUCAGAAGCGAACUCUCGUUUACUACCGAUACUCAUUCGAUAAUGUCGACUGCAUCAAAAUAUUUAGGAGCAAAGAACCGCACAAGCAGAUAGGCUUUCGUUUUCUUCAGUUCAACCUCUUCAAUGACUCCAUAUACACAAACGCUGUUGAACUGUACGACGGAGAGUUCUUCGCGCCCGACCACAUGAUAUCCAAACUGACUUACAACAGCACCAUACAACAACAGAAGAAGUUCUUUACCACAAGUGCCAGAUUUGACACGCUGGGAGUUCGCAUCACGGCCUCAACUGCCUACGGUGGUUAUGGAUUUGUAGCCGAGGUGGUAACGCUCCCCAUAUCAUCACGCUUCAAGCCGGAUUUUGGUUUGAACCAGCAGCAGACGAUAUCGCGGAACAACAUGGCGGACAACUUGCGAGGAGGUAUUCUCUACAGGAACGUCGGAGAGAACAACCCACGCAUCGUCAUCGAAAAGAACCACGUCGUCAACUGCGGACUGAAAGUUCUGAACAACACCUUCCCAGGAGUGAUUGACAUAUUUCUGCAGAACACACGCCUCCUCACCGUCUCCAACAACUUCAUUUCCAACUGCGCCGGUGGCAUAACCAUCAACACCACAACCAAGAGUAGCGAGUCGUCCAUCUACGCUAACGUCACCAACAACUUGAUCAUGAGGAGCACGCACGGCGAACCAAUGCACCUUGAAGGCCACCACUUUCAGAAGUUCCAAGUGACGCAUAAUUACGUGUCGAAUAAUGACGUCCAGUUCAGAAACAUCAUUUCAGCGUUUGGCUUGCAGCUGAACUUCACCUCCAAUGUUCUGGUGAAAAAUGUCGCUCAGUGCAUUCUCAACGCUUCUCUACAAGAAAAGAUUGAUAUAAGCCAGAGAUAUUCAUACAACAGCAUCUACAACAACCACGCAUUUGCAUACAACCGGAGCACGAUAUGUUUGAAAUCUGCAAAGUUUCAAUUCACGCACAACUUCCUCCUCAACCCUUACAACGUCUUCGAGAUGGUCACGUUCAACAGGACCAAGU